UUACCCCAAAACAACCAACCAACCAAAACUUAUUCAAGAUGUUCAAAUUUGUUGCUGUCAUCGCUCUUCUGGUCGCCACCGCUAGCGCCGGUCUGAUCGAGACCCACCAUGUGGUGCACGAGCCCGUCCUGGCCAAGGUUGGAUCGGUGGUGCACUCAGCUCCCUCGGCGGUUUCCCACCAGAGCAUCACCCAGGUGCACAGCAAGGCGGUGGUGCAGCCAGUGGUUGCUCCCAUCGUGAAGACCACCACCUACUCCCAUCCUGCCGUUGCUGUCCACGCUGCUCCAGUGGUUCACUCCGUGCCCGUUGUCCACGCCGCUCCAGUCGUCCACUCUGUGCCGGUGGUGCACUCCGCUCCUGUGGUGCACUCUGUGCCUCUGGUCCACUCCGCCCCCCUCAUCAAGUCUGUGGUUCACUCCGCUCCUCUGGCCUACACCCUGCACCACUAA